CGAGGAAGGUUACCUCUCUCUCGCUUGCACGCCCCCAACCCCGCUACCUCGUAGCUACGUAGCGGUGCGCGCGCUUGUGUUCACUCUGUUAUCAACUAAAAUUUUUAGGAUCUCUGGUGGUGGUUACACAAAAUAGACACUGCGACUUUUUUUCCACGACAAAUUAACGCAUUUUUUUUUGUAAAACUUUCUGACUUUAGUUAUUCAUUGAGAAGUGUAUCUUGUAUUACCUGUAAAGAAUUUUCAGUACCAAGUUUGCCAGCAUCCUCAUGAGAUAACAAUGGGAUGCCGCUAUGGCUCCCGAGAGUUACUACUGUAUGUGAACUGUAUCUUGGAUUGACGGAUGGCUCCAGCUGCCCACUGACUUCUCCUGCAAGGAUUAAUCAUUCAUGGGGGGAGCGAUACCCACAAUACCCUAUUCUCUCCCGGCCCUCCUAAACUAGCAGCAGCACAACUAAGUGGUCAGGGAAAAUAUGGAGAUCAACAGAGGGACGCAGAAAUUCGUUCGACUGGUCCUGCUUCCAGUGGUGGUACUGGCCACCAUAACAGGAUGCCAGGGUCUGCGGGUGAAGAAGGUAGUGGUGCCUCACCACGAGAUCAAGGGCAAGGGAGUGGAGCUGGAGUGCCAGUACGACCUGGAAGACGACCAGCUCUACUCCCUCAAGUGGUACAAAGGCAUUAAGGAGUUCUUCAGAUAUGUGCCCGCAGACACUCCCCCCAUACAAGUAUUCGACCUUCCUGGAGUCCACGUUGAUAUGGGUAAAAGCAGCGACCGGAAGGUGACCCUGAAGGAGGUGUCGCUCAAGACAUCGGGCAAGUACAAAUGUGAAGUGUCGGCCGAGUCCCCAUCCUUCCAUACUGACUCUGGCGCCGGCGAGCUCCUUGUCGUCCAUAUACCGGAGAGCGACCCGCACAUCUCUGGGAUUCACAGCAAGUACCACGUAGACGAUGUGGUACAAGUCAACUGUACCUCAUCCCCCUCCAAGCCCGCCGCCUCUCUCAUGUGGUACAUCAACGACAAACAGGCCGACAGCAUAUCCCUGGUGGACUACGCGCCCGUACCUAACGCCGAAGGGCUCGAGACGUCCAUCCUGGGCUUGCACUUCCGAGCCCGAAGGAGCCACCUGCAGCAGGGGCACCUCAAGCUCCGCUGCACUGCCACCAUCGCUGCCGUCUACUUCCGCGAGAAGGCCAUCUUCGCGCACGCUCAUCUGACCCACCGCGGCGAGCACUUUGAGGGAAGAGGAUUGUUUACCGGAGGGUCAGCGAGUGUAAUAAGACUGGAGGCGGGAGUGGCGAUGGCCGGGGUGUUGGCAGGUGUUGUGUGGGUGUUGCUAAGGUAACACCCACCUCUCCCUCGUCUCCACCACCCCUCCUCCUCCUCCUCCUCCCACACCACCUGGAUCAUCUCAAUCAACCCGAACAGGUGUGAAUGUGUGUCAGCAGCCCUCUAGACAUUCCUCCCUGUAAGCCCACAAGCACACUACGACUCCUAUGCGGCAACCAUCCCAACAUCUAUCCCACAAUGACCCCGUCGACGCAACCAAUCAAACACCCAGUAACCCACACCACCUAACAAGACUCGACACAGUGCCAAAUAUAGAAUAACUUUCUCAUCGACCCCGAAGUGAAGACCAAGAGUGAAAUCUUAAGAAUGAAAUCUUAAGAGUGAAACCUCAUAUUGCAUGCUCAGACUGCAAUACGAAAUGUCAUUUUUCGACUGUAAUGUUUAAAUGUAAAUUGAGAAUGUACCAUAUAUCGCAUCCGUAAUUGCUGAAUAAGCGAGACGGGGCUUGUGAUUGCAGUCUGAGAAUGCAACCCAAGAGUGCAACCAUCCCUAGAGUGCAACAUUUUGAGUGCAUCUUGAGAGUGUAACCCACUGACGCUCCUGAAGUUUUUUUUAAUAUGGAAAUUGUGAGCUCAUUAUGAGUAAUGUGGAAAUAAACUUAAAUCUGAUCAGGAUAAAGGUCAAGACUUAAGUAAAAUAUAUAAAAUGUAAUAGAUCUUUGCGUUAUAUAUAAUACCAUUACAACAACUUGCAGACAGUAAGUUUAUUUUAUGAAACUGGAGAUAGUUAUAUAUAGCGUUCAUAACGAAGUAACCGUAUACAAUGUCAGCAAAUUUAUGAUAAAAACGCAUUUAGAAUAUGAUAUUUUUUUCUUUUCUCAGAGGAAAAUGAGCGGUACUCAGGUUAAACGAUGGAAUUUUCUUUUUAAUUUGUACAUGUGAAACGCUCAGAGCAAAAGCCACGAUGAGUGGUGAACUUAAUUUUAUGAAAUGAAUGCAAAGUAAAUUUUAUGCUUAUAGCAUGAAUACAAAAAGUGAUGAAUAUUAAUAAAACGUGAAUUAAAAGUCAUACGAACAAAAGUAAUAAGUGAAGAGAUGCUCGUUUUGUGCUUUUAAGAUUCCUCAUAUAUAUAUAUA